AUGUCUUCACCAACAGCUCUUGCUGACCACUCCAUAAUGAAUAUCGCAGAGGACGACACGCCCAACACUACCCCUGCUGCUGUGUCCAACACGGUGACUCCAACUCCUGAGGUUGCCGCUGAAAUUGAAGGCCAAGACUUCGUCCAUGAACAAGAUUUCGAAGACGACGAUUCCGAACAGGUCUUAUCUUUACCAUUGUCGAAGAUAAAAAGAAUAUUCAGAAUGGACCCAGACUACUUGGCAGCCUCUCAGAAUGCCGUCUAUGCCACUGGUUUGGCUACUGAAUUGUUUAUCCAAUACUUUGUUGAACAAGCAAGCUUGUUGGCCAAGAUGGAUAAGAGAAAGAAGAUUACUUAUAAGGACUUUAGCAAUGCCGUCGCUAGUCAUGACUCCUUAAAUUUUCUUAGUGACACAGUUCCCAAGACACAGCCUAUAGGUUCCUUGUUAGAAAGGAAAGUAGUGAAUGUCCCUUCGAAGGUCGAUCCAAAGGCAUUCAAGGAAAAUUUAAUGGGUAAGCCGGAAGAGCAAGGCCAGUCCAAAAGCACCGUGAAGAAAAAGUCUACAUUAUCUAAGGGUCAACAAACAUUACCGUUUGCGGCUACAAAGGCUGAACCAAGGAUCAAGAAGGCAGUAAUUGACGAUUUGGUGAUCACAGAACAGACUCCAAGCAAAGAACCUACUCCCAAUGAUGGCCCUGAAGAAGUAGAAGCUGAUCAGGUGCAAGAGGAUGUAGUUAUGGCUGAUUAG